CCACCUCAACCCCCAAUUCCCGACCUGGAUCCUCCCCUCUCGACAUAAUGGCGACCUCGCUCGCCCAGCAGCUGGCGCAGGUUGCCGCAAACUCCAAGUCGAGCUUGGACAUCAAGGCGCAAAGGGCCGCGCACUCAAAGUCGCUGAUCUGGGAACCUCGAGUCGCCGCCGCGCAGAGCUAUCAGACCCUUUAUGCCACAUGCCACCAGGGCUUCGAAGAGCUCUGCCAGCUCGAUGCUCGAUUCAAUCCCUUCCAACAGACGCUCUUUAACGAGUCGAGCCAGGAUCAAGACCGGAACCAGCUCACAAUUGCCGAGAAUGAGGAGCUGGAUCGUCACAUCGAGGCGUUUCUGCGGCUCGUGGGCAGCCGUUUGAGGCUGAUGCCCGCCAUCAAGGCCGUUGAGUGGCUGAUUAGACGAUUCAACGUUCAUGUGGAGAAUACGUCAAUUCUGCUCAUGACCUUUCUGCCAUACCACUCCAUCACCGCAUUCGCAACCCUCCUCUCCAUUCUGCCGCCCAAGAUCCCAAGCCAGUUCCGGUUCCUGGACCCCUACAUUCGGUCACUAACGCCGCCUCCCCGAUCCAUCAUCGUCCACCAGGCCAUCCACCACGUCGAUUUCCUCGUUGCCGUGUCCGAAUACACCCUCGAAUCGUGUCGGAAAGGCUAUCAGUACCCGGCACUCAUCACCUUCUGGGGCGGUCUCAUUACCGAGUCGGUGAGCGGCAUCUUGGAUCGCACCAAGUCUGGCCGAGCGGCGGUGCAGAGCGACAACAGCCAGGCGCUGCUGCACAGACUCGGCCCCAUCUUUGCCGAAUCCCUGGUCAUGAAGAAGGUCCCCAGCCUUCAGAUUGCCUCCUACAUGGCCAUGACCGUCUUUGUCUCAAAGGGCGACCUGCACGACAAUGCCGUCACGGCGCUGAUGCAGCAGCUGGUCCACGGUUGGACUGCCGACACCGUUCGAGCCGGCCUGGUAUGCUUGACGAUACUGGCCCAGUUCCGAUCCGCGAAGCAGAUGAGCAGCAAAGUUACCAGGGCAUUGAUGAAGGUCCAGGAUAUUGGCAGCCUCCUCGUCGAGAUUGGACGCGAGCGCCGUGUGGACAAGCUGGCCAACGGGCUGUGCUUGGCAUUGGUGGAGAGGCUGGUGAAGAAGGGCGAUUCGCGAGGCCUUGCGACGAUUACCACGAUUCUGGGCAGCAACAUACUCAAGGACAAGCAGGUUUCCGUCAUCUUCAAGUCGCUGCUCCUAACCGCUCACGAGCUCAACGACGAAAACGACAAGGACGGCUCUCUUCGAAGGGAUGUCGGCUCUACCCUGAUUUCUCUGUCGCAAACUACCGGAUCGGCCGGCGCGGUCAUUCAGUCGGUCAUUGAGGAGGUCAAAUUCGAUAUCGAGGAGCUGGAGAUGAAACUGGACCUCGUGUUCCGCACGAGGAAGCUGCCCGAAUACGCGAGAGAAGACGAGGGAGGUGACGCUGCUAUUCAAGCACAACUAUCCCAGGACCCUGAGGCAAGCCUUACUGAGUUGGCCAGCACUUCGGAAUCUCUCUCUUCUUCUCUCGUGUCUGACGGCGAUGCGCUCUUCUCCAAACUCAGCGAUGUAUUUGUGUCGAUUGUCUCUGAUCAGACUCCACGAAAGACGGAACUUCUCGGCCAGCUCGAUCAGUUUCCCAAGCUCAAACGUGAAUCGGCGCUCCAAGACUGCACAUACUUUAGCUUCUUUAUCCGGAUCUGGUGCGGCCUAUAUCCAGCACUGGCACGGACUGCGGCGUUGGAUAUGGUGAGGAACAGGCUGAAGGCGGCAACUGAGUCUGCGGUGGAUAUCCAGGCUCUCAUCCCUUACUGCGUUGCCGCUCUGGGCGAUCCUUCGAAGCGUGUGCGCCAAGCAGCAGCGGAUCUGAUCACCGUUGCAGCUGGUUUCUACAAGCCUCCCUUUGCUAAGAAGUCGACGAAUGCAUGGGGUGCCGAGUCACUAUACGGAAAGGCCAAGUCCAAGGAUGUUGCCGCUCUGGGAGUGGAUGUCGCUUGCAGAUUUCUCCAACUUCAGCUUCUGCCGGCUGUUGAGGAGUGCGUCAUGGACCCUGAGCACAUCUCUGCUGUCCUCAAAUCCGCCAUUGAGACCGGAAAAUACCAAGUCGCCCCUGAGCCGUCCCUGGACAAGAAAGACCACCUGUCGCACUCUGGCAGACAGGCGCUGCUGACAUUCUUCGCCUCCCACAUUGUUGCGACUCCGCUGAUGCUUGUCAAGAGCAGACUGCUCAAGUCUCUCAACGACAUCCGCGGCGUUUCAAACGUGACACGCACACAGCUCCUUCUCCCCGCUCUGCAGUGGUGGGCCAGCUUGACAGAUGCCGAGGCGACUGAGAUCUGCGCCUCUCAGCAGCUGGACAAGGCGGUCUUGGACGCUCAGUUCAUCGACAUUAUCGUUCCCAACGACCCGGCUGGACUGGAAUUCGUCUUCACCCUUCUCAAAGACAAGGCGAACGACGCAAGGCCAGGCCUCAUCCGAGCAGCCUUCUCCCGUAUCAAGAAGAUGUGGUCUAUGAUGAAGGAUGAAAUGAAGUUUAUGGUGGCGGAGCAGUUCUUGGAACUCUCACAAGAAGCCGAGACUCCUGCCUCUGGCACUACUGAGUCCAUCAUCCCAGCCGAGGCAGCGGACCUUCUCCGGUCCGUCACCCUGACGACAGAUAUCUUAUCCUUCUUCCUGGACUCGAUUCAGACGGGCACCAAGAUGAUCACCGAGCCUCCCCCUAACAAGCGGAGGCGAACGAGCUCUUCUGAUGCCAAUCGCGGUCUGAACACGCAGGUCACUCCGGAACUGAGUCGUGCGUUGCGCAAGGUUACCUUUGUACUGCAAAUCGUGGACAGCUCGGAUCCCGUGUCACAUCCCGAACUGCUCGACGGCCUGUUCACGGCUUUGUCUGAGCUUCAGCACUUUAGGACCGUGGUCGGCUCGGAAUUAGGCUACCUGCAGAACCUGAUCCUGCGCAGCCUUCUCGCCAUGAUGCCAGCCUACAAGGCCAACAAGGACCUCAAGGUGGACAGCUCUGGUGGCUACGGAGACCUGCUCGUUAACUGCAUCCAGAAGUCGUCGAGCCCGGUUGUCCAAAACGCCGCGCUGCUGCUGAUUGCGAAUCUGGCCACCAUUGCGCCGCACCUGGUGCUGCACAGCGUCAUGCCAAUCUUCACCUUCAUGGGCACAUCGGUGCUUCGCCAGAACGACGACUACUCUGCUCACGUCGUAGCGCAGACGAUCAAGGAAGUUGUGCCUCCACUCAUCGACUCACUGCGGCAGGGUCAGAAGAGCCCCGUUGCCGGAGCUUCGGACAUCCUGGUGAGCUUCACGACGGCAUACGAGCAUAUUCCAGUGCACCGACGGCACGGUUUGUUCUUGGCCCUGGUGGAGACCAUGGGACCCAAGGACUUUUUGUUUACGCUGGUGGCCAUGCUUGUCGACCGAUAUGAGCUGAGCGACGACCUGCUGCAGUUCGUUCUCGAUCUCCUCAACGCUUUCAGCAUCGAAAUUCAGCUCGAGACAUUGGUCAAGCUGCUGGAUCUUACCUCGGAUCUCUUCAAGCCCAAGCCUGGCUUGUCGUUGGUGCUGCUCGGAAGCGGCGACGAGGGCGAAGAGAAGGACGUGGAGAAGAUUGCCCUUCGCCAGCUCUCCGUGCUGCCGAACCUCUUAGCAAACCGGAAGCUCAAGGCACAGAUCAGCAAGCUUGCCGAUCGAGAUGACAUGGAGACGUCCGAGGUCCGGCAGCUCUACGCGACGCUGCUGGAGGACGUUUUGGUGCUCGCGGAUACGGUCAAGUCGAACAAGAGCCUGCACACCCGGUGUGGAAAUGCCCUGGCCAACCUGCUCAACCUGCUCUCGAUUGGCGAGUUCAUCAAGGCCGUGGAAAGCCUGCUGGACAGGCCGAACCUGGAUCUGCGCCAGAAGGUGCUUCGUGCGCUGGAGCUUCGCGUCGGCUCGGAGAGCAACACGGACGUUGCCUCAAGAACAGCCCUGCUUACCUUUUUGCCACAGCUCACGGCUGCCAUCCGGGAGUCGAGCGACAUCCGCUACAAGCACACGGCGGUCACAUGUGUCGACAAGAUUGCCGAAAAGUACGGCAAGAAGGACAUCGAAGCCGUGGUUGCAGCCGCGUCAACGAUUGCCGGGGAGCACUGCCUUGGCCAAGACGAGAAGCAGCUUCGCAUCAUGGCCCUCCUAUGCCUCACCUCUCUGGUGGACGUGCUGCAGGACGCCAUUGUGCCCGUCCUGCCCAUUGCUCUUCCUCAGGCGGUCGCCUAUCUCAACCUGAGUCUGCAGGAGGAAACGCGAGACGAGGAGCUCCAUGCAGCCGGCUAUGGGUUCAUCAGCGCUCUGGCCGAGCAUUUGCCGUACAUGCUGUCCACCUACGUCGGCCAGAUCUUGGAGGUCUCCAACAAGUCUGCGGAAGCCGGCCUUGAUGCGGAGACUAAUGAGGCCCGUGUCAGCUGCCUUGAGUUCCUUGCUAAGAAGCUGGAGGCCAAGGAGAUCUUCACAAGCUUGGAGUCGAACUGGGAGAGUGCCACAUCCAGUGGAUUUUUGGCUACGUCCGAAUACAUUGAUAUGCUGGGCAUGGCCAUCGACAAGCACCCCAAGUCUGCCAUUACCAAGAACGCUGGCGUUUUGUCGAGCAUCUUGCUGAAGGCGUUCGACUUGCGGAGACAGAUUCUCGCCAAGGGCGAGACCACUGACGCUGUGCUUGCCCGCGUCGCCUCUUUGGAGGAGUCGAUGAACGACAAGGCGCUGAAGAUGAUUUACAAGCUCAACGACGCCGCCUUCCGACCCAUCUUUGUGCAGAUCGUCGAAUGGUCGAGUGCCGGGCUUUCCAAGGACAAGGCUGGAUUGGCCGCUCGACGAUACAGCGUUUACGGAUUCCUGCGGACAUUCUUCGACAGUCUCAAGUCAAUCGUGACCAACUACGCCACGUACGUGCUGGAGGAUGCCGUCAAGAUUCUGUCUUCCGUCGAUCCCAAGGUUAGCGCCGAGAAGCAGCUCUGGAGCCGCGUCCUCAAGACACUGGCCAAGUGCUUCGAGCACGACCAGGACGACUUCUGGCAGGCGCCGUCGCACUUUGGAGCCAUUGCCCCCGUGCUGAUGGAGCAGUUCAACCACGCCGUGUCUGUCGACGUGGAAGAAGCCCUGAUCCCGACGACAGUUGAGCUUGCGGCAGCAGCGGACUCUCAGGCACACCAGAAGGAGCUCAACUCGGCGCUGCUGAAGCACCUGCGGUCAGAAAAGGCGGCCAUCAGGCUGGCCGCCGUCAAGUGCGAGCAAGCAUUGACCGAUCGACUGGGCGAGGAGUGGCUCUCGAUGUUGCAUGAGAUGCUGCCCCGGAUCAGCGAGCUGCAAGAGGACGACGACGAGGUGGUUGAGCGAGAAACGCACAGGUGGAUUGUCAAGAUUGAGGGCGUGCUGGGCGAGAGCCUGGAUGCCAUGUUGCAGUAAUGCGAUUGUGAGAAGUGUGUAAUGACUUUUUAUGGAGUGGGUGUGUGUGAGGAUAUAUGGAUGGCAAGGUGAACAGAUACACAGUUGUCACGGCUGUUGAUAUGGGGUAUAUAGUCGUGCUGUUGUUUACUGCUGAGAUUGUAUAUCGGAUCUGAAGCAUU